UUUUCGCAUUUUAUCGCGAAAUCUGUUAUAUCUCUAAGAUUCGUAAUCAACUGUGCAUUUUAUUUCUCAUAUUUAAGUUAUGCGAAAUAAUUAAUACGUGUGGUUCGAUAUAAUGUAGGAAAAAGUAAACCGGUCUCGACAGCAAUCUCGCUGUUGCUACGAGAGUUUGAAAGGGAGAGGAAGAGUCGAAUGUUUAAUAAUAUUGAUUACCAGUCCUAUUUCCGUUUUAAAAACGCUUAAUGAUUUACGCCGAUAGUUGGUUUUAAGUAUUUAUCAUACUGGUAUAAAUUCUAAUAAGUUAAGAAGGGAACCCAGACGUAAAUUAGGUUUUGGUCAAAGCAUGAAACACAAUAUGGCUGCAACUUUGACAACUCAGGAAGAACAGUUAAUGACACCAAAUGGAAUUUUAAAAGAAGAUCCAUCAGCUAUGAAAGAAAUUAUGACUGCUAAUCUGACUUCAAGUGAAGAACAGGCUGUUAAGGAGUUUAUAUCUGUUGUCAAUGAACUGAGAUUGCAUCAAAAUGUUGGUCCUUUAUCUUGGAGCACUGCUGUGAAAUUCAUGAUGGCCAGGAAGUUUGAUGUUCGUAGAGCAUUAUCUCUCUACGAAAUGCAUGAGAUAACUAGAUAUCGAGAAGGACUGAUAAGAUUCGAUCCAACAACUGAUCCUUUGAAGUCAGAAUUGGAAACGGGAAAAUUCACUGUGCUGCCUACAAGAGACAACAGUGGUGCAGCAUUGGCAGUUUUUACAGCUGGAAAGCAUAUUCCUACUACCACUACUCAUCAGACAACUCUUCAAGGUGUUGUUUAUCAAUUAGAUGUAGCAUUAGAAAGCCUUGAGACACAGAGAAGUGGGAUGAUAUUUAUUUAUAAUAUGACUGGUUCCAAAUAUGCUAAUUUUGAUUACGAACUCAGUCAAAAAAUUUUAAGUUUAUUGAAGGGUGGUUAUCCUGCUCGUUUGAAAAAAGUUUUGAUUGUUAGUGCUCCAUUAUGGUUUAAAGCACCCUUUAAAAUAUUACGUUUGUUUGUCAGAGAAAAGUUGAGAGACAGGGUAUAUAUGGUUAGUGUGCCACAAUUAGCUUUACAUAUUUCAUCAUCAGCAUUGCCAAGAGAUUUAGGUGGAAAUUUACACAUUGAUCACAAAGCCUGGUUGUUGCAUUGUCUAAAAUCUAUGACAAAUCGUUAUGGUGAUUUAUGCGAUCUUAUAUCUCUACCAUCCUCGCCAUUAUCAGUUCAAUUAGGUUCAAUAUUUUCUCAUAAAGAAAGUAUACAGAAUGGUCCUCUGACUGGUCCUCACAGCAUUCACGUAAGCAGUGAAGGAGAAACUGAUGAAUCUAGUGAUCAUCAGCAUUCAGUACAUGAGAAGCAAAAUUCAGAAGACAGAGAAAAAGAAGUCGAAGUUACUAAAGAGAAACAAGACCAAUCUCCUAUUUAUCAAAAUGCUAAAGAUAAUCAAGAAGAUAUUCUCUUUUCACCCGAUUCUACAACAACUGACAUCACCGACGACGAAAAACACUUUUCUAGUAGUUCUGCUUCCUCGUCGUGGGAGGAAUCUCUCCAUGUAGAUGACGGAUUGGGAAUGACAUUAGAAGAAUUUAUCGAUCAUCUUCAAAAGAAGGGACGAAAGGGUCUGUACCAAGAGUACACAGACUUAAAGUCAAAGUCUCCCGAAGGAACAUUCGAAGCUUCAAGAUUGAAACCUAACCAGGCUAAAAAUAGAUACACGGACGUCUUGUGCUACGAUCACACACGAGUCAGGCUUUCUCAUUUGGAGGGAGAUCCUUGUUCAGAUUAUUUGAAUGCAAAUUACGUUGACGGUUACAAGCAGAAAAAUGCUUUUAUUUCUACUCAAGGACCCUUACCAAAGACAUUUCCCGACUUCUGGCGUAUGAUUUGGGAACAACAGGUGGGUGUCAUUGUUAUGACGACAAGAACAAUGGAGAGAAGUCGAAUGAAGUGUGGCCAGUACUGGCCCAAAGAUGAAGACACCAGAGCCGAAUACGGAUGUUUCCAAGUUUAUAACAGCGGAAUGGAACAGCAUGCCGACUACACCAUUUCAAAUCUCGUUCUCACAGACACCAGAACUGGAAUUUCUCAACAAGUAGCACAUAUGCAGUUUACAAGUUGGCCAGAUUACGGAGUGCCACAUUCCGCUUUGGCCAUGUUGGAUUUCAGAGAUAAGGUCAGAGAUUGCCAGGCACGAAUCGUACAGUCUUAUGGAACUCAGUGGAACGGUCACCCAUUGGGACCUCCCAUAGUGGUACAUUGCAGUGCCGGAAUAGGAAGGACAGGCACCUUCAUCACAUUAGAUAUAUGUCUGCGACGUCUAGAAGCCACAGGAAGAAUCGACGUGUGUAGAACUGUGGAACGCAUAAGAUCCCAGAGGGCUUUCAGUAUACAAAUGCCCGACCAAUACGUUUUUUGCCACCUAGCAUUACUGGAAUAUGCACUGAGCAGAGGACUGCUUGAAGACGUGGAUCUGUCGGGUUUUAACGAAAGCGACACCGAGUCGGAAUGAUUAGCUUCUUCCAAUACGAAAAUAUCUUUUCAUUAAUGCAUGCAUUAUUCAGAACAUUUCUCCACAAUCAUCCUGGAGUUUAAAAUAAAAAAGUGCAUUUAAUCAGUGAGUAAUUAGGAAAACUUUUUCAGAGUACAAAUAAUAACUUGUCACUUUUUUUAAUUUUCUUCAUUUAAAGUAUUUGUCAAACUGAUUAUUUGAAAUAAUCUUUAACAUCAAAACUAGUGUACAAAAACUAUAUAUAUACAUAUAAAUAUAAAUAAUGUAUAUUGUUAUAUGCAUUGCAGUUACAACAUUUCUCAAAUUUAUGAAAUAUCUUAAAUAUGUUACAAUUUUAAAUAUCAAACUAUGUAUAGCAGUCUUACAUAAGAAAUUCGACAUCCAUUAUUUCUGAUGUUACGAUUUAAUACGGCAUUACAAUGAUAUUUUUUGACUGAAAACAGAAUUUACAUCUUAGAGUACUUAAGCCUCUAAUUCUUUCUAAAGAAUGCUUGAAUAAACUAUCGUGAGACUGAAAGUACUCCUGCUACGAUGCAAAUGACGUUGGUAUUACAAAUGAUCUUUGUUAUUUUCAGCCAAAGUGUGAAGGUUAUUUUUUUUUCACACAAUCAUUAUUAUUAUUAUUAUUAUUAUUAUUAUCAUUAUCAUCAUUCAUUACUUAUUUAUUUUCAAUUAUUGAGGGCUGUUGAUGUGGUUUUUUUAUAAUGUUAAAAUAUCUUCAUGCCAUAUCUUUAAAAACUGUUAAUUUCUUAUAUGCUUUGUUGAUAUUGCUGUUAUAACAGACUGCUUGAAAGCAAUUGUGAAAAAUCAUAGUUUGGAGAGUUAAUUGUAUAAAACCAAAAAUAAUUAUAACCAGGAAAUAUUUAUUAACUUAUUAUUUUUCAAAUUUGACAGUUGUGGAAAAUUUUGUUAUUGCACUGGAAGGAACGUUGCAUGAUUAUUUAAUUAAUAUUUAUUUGUAUAAAUGGACUUGUAAAUGGUUGCCAAAAUUGACGGGAGACUUCAGCACAAUGUUAUUUAAUAUUGUUAACAUAUGUAUUUCUGAAAUGUUCAGAUUGCCAAUCUAUAAUCAGGAAUUAUGUCAAACGUAAGCCCAUAAUGAUUAAUUUACCACCAUUCAUACAUCAUGCUGCUGGUUUUAAUCAUAGCAUGAAUAUAACUUAACAGAUUUAGCAGAUACUUUUUUUAAUAUAUAAUAGUAUGUUGUUUGUCAUUCAUUGGAUUGAGAAAUCGUCACGAAACUAGGAGAUUAUUCGUUAAAUAUCGAAUUGUCCUUGCAUUCAUAUCGGUCCAUACUCGUAACUAUUGAGAGUCAUCAUAUAUAAUAUCUUAGAUCACAAUUUGCAUUGUGCUUUAUAAAAUGUAUCUAUAUAUAGGAUCAUCAGCAUAUUUCAGUGUUAGUUUUUGUAUGAUGAGUGUUGUGUCUAGAUGUAAGAUAAUAGUUGGAAAUUUUUAUCAUUAGAAAUCUAUUUUAUUUAUUUAAUAAUAAUUAACUUUAUAUAUACAUAUAUAAAUUUUUUAUACAUCAGUUUUCAUUCCAUAUUUCAUUUUGUUCAUUAACAUAUUGUAUUAAUUUGUCACAAAUAGUUUAUCCAGGAAUUACUGCUUCUUGUGCUUGAUAUAAUCAAUUUUUAUUUAUAUAUAUAUAUAUCAUUUAAAUGCUACCUCUUCUCACAUGUUACAUAUGAUUUGUAUAAUCUGUAAUGGAUCUUCCAAUAAGUGCAAAACAUUGUAUACUUUGAUGCCUGUAUGAGUUUCUAAUCAAGUACUGUUAGGCAGUUUAUAUUAAUAAAGUUGUUAUUUAAUGACAUUAAAAGCCUAUUGCUCAAAUAUUGCUCGUAGUUAUUUUUCUUGCUGGAAUUUGGAUUUAUGUGGCAAAUUACAUAGCCUUUAUUUUUCUUGUGUUUAUCAUUGAUAGAAAUGGUGCUUAGAAAAUAUUUGAUAGUUAAGAAAAUUUUGUUUUGUUUACUUGUAUUUUGAUUACAUUUAUCUUUGUUAUAUAAAAUUUGGAAUUAUUUAGUACAGAAUCAAAGAAAAUCCAUUUUGAAUGCAUUCAUUUGUGUAAUUUUAGCAUCCACAUUGCUAAAUUUUUUGUAUAUUUUGUAACAUUUACUUCAAAAUUCACUUAGCUGGAAUUUAGUGCUUUUCAGAGACCAUUUUAACAGAAAUGCUUGAUAAACAUUAACUUCCAGAGCAACAAAGAUUCAUUUUAUGAAAUUUGUUUCAGAACAGUAUUUGUUUAGACCAAAGAUGUUUGACAUCUGCUAGUCAAAAAUACAUUGACUUCUAAAAAUUUAAGAUUCUCAUGAACAUUCCUCAGUUCUCUAAAUACUUUGGUAUAAAGUUAUGCAGUUGUUUAAAAAUUGAUGGAUAAUUAGGUAACAUAAUAUAAUUAAAUUAUUAGCAUAAUUGCCAUAUAAAUGGUGAUGGGAAUGUAGUAAAACUUUGGGCUUCCACCUACAAAGUUUUUUUGUAAAUUUUUUGUAGUUUCAUAUGCUAAUAUAUUUCUAUGUAUAGUUAAUUUGAGUUUUAACCUAUGUUUAUUGUAUCAUUUGACUACACCACAUCUUCGUGUUGACUUGAAAAUGUAUAGCUUUUGUGCUGAAUGUCGUGAGGUAUAAAUUUUGAUGAAUGUGGGGAAUGGGAAGUUUCAAAAGAAAACUUGUAAAAUGCCCGCUAUUACUGCCAUUACUGGGUACUUUAAGAUUUCUGCAGCUAGUCAUUUGUUAUCUUGUUGUGAAUCUUUGAGAUGUAUCUUUCCAUUUGUAUAAAUAAAACUGUGAAAAUUUCAUUUGU